AUGUGUAUACCAGGAAAUCGAUCCCUGCAUGAAUAUCGCCAGUAUCUGUCGAUCUGCGACUCAGCUACCAUUGACCGCUCGGACAGUAAGAAACUAAGGCGAAAGAAUGCUGCGCUGAAUUUGAACCAGUCGCAGUGGUCAUUCGACAACAACUAUGACUACCCAUUCUCGGUCUCGUCGGUAGCGUCGAGUCCGCCGCCAUUGUCCCCAUCGUAUUCACCCAGUGCGUUAAGUGAGCAGCCUGAGAGUCUAGAUGGGUUUCUCCGUAUGAGAUAUCACCGCCAUGUAUCUCCAGUAGACCCGUGCUUACUUGCGGAUUUAGCCCCGGGAACUCCCAACUCCAUAGACGCAAAUCGAGGCCACCUAUAUUUCAGGCAGAACCCGCAUAAGAUCCUAGUAAGUCGCAUCUCAACUCGUACCUUAAGCAAGGACACCUUCCGAGAUAGACUCGAGAGAUACCCCGACCCAGAUCGCAAAUCAGUCUCAGAUCCCGGCCUCGAGCCCCCAGCAUCCGUUCGCAGACACACGAAGGCCUACUCCGACUCGAUGCUACUUAAUGUGAAGAAGCCCACAGCAACCGUCAUCCAUCACGGCACAUCGUUUGAGAUUCUCAAUCCCCAUGACUCUCUCCACUUUGCUCGGAUCGUCUCGUAUAUCGAGGACGUUGACAGCUUUUCUACCGGCCGCAACAGAGACUCCUACAUCUCCGCUUACACCGAAGACACUGUGAUCAUAGGGGAAGACCCAUUGUCCUACGACAUCCCUACACAGACCGAGACACAAACACAGAAAGCCCUCGAAGAGGAGAGCCAAAAGACCCAACUCGAUAUAGGCGACACACAGGGCCACCAACAUCACCCUAUGCCGUCCAUCAACGAGCUCCUGGAAGAAACCAACCUCAACAUGGCCCAAUACCAAGCUUCCAGACCACGAGUAUGCGUCAGCCCGUCCAAUGAAAGUGAACUAGGCGAACCAGGCUCCCCAGUCUACGAAGACAACUAUCCGAUACUAUCCCACGAUGCCCUUUGGCAAUUCGACAUUGGCCGAAACCCGGCCACUACCCUCCCUACAGACCAGCCACAACUAAUAACUCCGAGAACCGAAAUCAAGAUCCACCGCAGACCAACCCGGCGGUCAACCUCCAGUCGCAAGAAGCGCAAGGGAGCGUUCGGAAAACUGUGCGGACUAUUCCGCAAGAAGCGAUUCUUCCCGGGGAAGCAGGCGAAGUAG